AUGAUGGUAUGGAUAACAUGGACGUUUACUACAGUCGCCGCAGGACUUUUUGCAAUUCUGGUAUUCCAAAGGAUGACUUACCCAUUCUUUUGGGAGGAUUUUAUUUAUUACCUAAACCUUCGGAAGGUUGGAAAGGCGUUGAAGUCUCGUAUGCAGAGAGGAGUCAUCACUUACCUCGACAGCUUUCUUUAUCAGGCAAAGAAGACGCCUGACAAGGCUUUCAUAGUGUUUGACAGUCAAACGCUCACUUACCAGGACGUUGAUAAAAGAAGCAACCAAUUCGCGAAAGUAUUCAGAACAGAAGGUGGCUUGAAGAAGGGUGAUAUUGUAGCGCUACUGAUGAGCAACGAGCCUGAUUUUAUUUGUGUGUGGUUUGGACUCAGUAAACUGGGCUGCGAGGUCGCCUUCCUUAAUUUCAAUAUCAAAUCCAAAUCGCUCCUAUAUUGUUUUGAAAGUUGUGGAGCGAAAUCACUCGUCGUAGGCGCAGGUAUUUAUUGCUGUCAAUUAAGAAUGUUACGUAUUUGACUUUAUGUCUUCUUGCAUAUUCAGAAUAUGUAACAAGCUCAAACCUGUGCACGACUUUGACAUGUUGAAUCACGUUCACAUUUGAGUGCCAUAACUUCAUAUUAGGAGAGGAAACGUUGUAAUAAAGCUGCAUGGUUUUAUGUAGGGUAUAUUUCGCAACUGCGUUGUCACUGGUGGUUGUAAAUAGAUUGUUUUAUAAUAAUGAGGGUGAUACUGGAUUCCGAUGGUCAACGUAGGCUGUUAUCAAACACCUGUAGACAUGUAGGGACACCGUUAGUAUACAUACCCCCAUCUCCUGAAUGUGAAACGGAUCUAAAUAGCAUUUAAUGGACAAUGAUUUAUAUUGAAUAAAACCUUUAUUCCCAAUUGAGCACAUAGUAACAUAAAAUAUUAUUAUUUUACUCCGACAAAUUUAGAUGUACAGAUUUACAGUUAGUUAAUUGCGAGAGGCCAAAGUUCUUCUGAGCAUUGCAAAGGAUAGCUAGGUUAAGAAGAAACGCAUGCCUCUUCUAUGCACGUGUUUCUACUCACAGUAUCAAAACACUUACAAGUGUAAACUGUGCUUAAAAAAUCAGCCACCAUAGCAUGAUGUCAUGCACGUUAUUGCGCAAAUAAGAGAUUGAGAAAUCUCUCUCAGCUUUGCUUAAAUGUACUAUAGUCAAUAUUCUAGUCUUCUUGUUCAAUGGAGGCUUUUCACAUCGUGCACAUUACAUUGUAGAGGACAGUCUCUCUGUGUACUAUAGUCUCACUGUAGGAAUGAAAUAUUUCAAGUGCAUGCACAACUAAGGCCCUUACUCAAUUAAACAGGCUUUAAGUUUGGUUUUCAUAAUGUCUUAUGUGAAAGAGCUUAGGUCUUUGUUUUAGUUAUAACGCCUUAUGUGAACGAGGGUAGGUCUCUGUAUCUUACUUUUGAGUUCAUAUGUUUUUGAUUGUAGCAGCAGGGGGUGUACUGUAUAUUUCCAAAUAGUGCCUUACAUACAAGUAAUCCCCAGAUAGGGGGUUGCAACAUUUUGGUAACAUUCCCAGGCUCUCCAGAAAUCUUGGUUGGAGGAUUCUGGAUUUCCUUCUUAUUCCCUCUGAUAUCGGGAACCUUCUGACCAGGAUUUCUGAAAACAUGGGACUUUUGGUAAACGUUACUGGUAUUUUGCAACCCUACCCCCCAACAUUCACUAUUUAUUUUCUCUCUCUCACACACAGAUUUGGUGAGUUCACUGGGCGAGGUGUUACCCUCCCUUAAGGAGAAUGCCAUUGAGGUGUGGGUCACGGACAUUGGCUGCCCUCACGAAGGGGUCAACACGUUACUGGACAAGGUGGAGCAGGCCUCAGACCUGGCCUUACCUGACUCUCCUAGAGCUGACCUCAUGUCCAACUUCCUGUUCAUCUUCACAUCAGGAACAACCGGUAGUACUCUAUUCUUACAUUUAAUUUUUUUUUAUUUUUUAAAGGUAUUUGUUGAUUUUAUUGAACCGAUAGAGAGAGGAUGUGUCAAAGGGCAGUAGGCCGGAUUCAAACCUAUGCUGAAACGGUAGCCGCAUUACCACAAGACCAACCAGGCCCACAGUAGUACGGUCAACUUCAUAUCAGGAAGAACAGGUAUACAGUCAACUCCAAAAUAUGCUGUCAAUGCUUACACUAAACUAUAGCGCUGGGCGACUAAAAAUGAUGUAGAGAAUGUAUUUCAUUUAUAUAGCUUGGAGUUGGCAUCCAGAGGUGACAGUAACCAUUAUAAAAAAAACUUGAAUUGCUGCGAGGUCAUUACUCCAUAUCUAAAACAUUGGUCUCAAGGCAAAAGGUGAAUGGAUAGGGAUUUGCAUAGAUACGGAAACAAUAGUAUCUAAACCAAAAUCAUUUGCGUGGAUAUCAAUGCAACCGUUUGCAUAAAGACGGAAACUAGCCUACAAAUAUUGUCCGAGAACAUAAGGUGAGAUAACCUAAAUGUCUAUCUGCCAGUACCCUCCAAAAGAGAACUGAGAAGAGAAAAUAGCUACCCUAUUGCACUAGGUUGAAAACACAGUUCUUCCACACUCAAGUCAGCAGCACAUCCAUUAGGCCGGACGGAUUUCUCUCAUUAUUCCAAGCUGGCACCACACGCUCACUUUUAACAGCUCUGUUCAACACCAAUAUAAGGAGGGGUUUUCCUAGCCAACUGGGUUCCCAAGGAGAGUUGUAAUUCACAGUGUCUGAAACAACUUCAUUUUACUGAGAAGGAAAUGUGUUUCAGAUUGAUAUCAAGCUAGCUGUUUCUUCGGCGUCUAGUCCUGGUGAAUUUGUGCUAAAUGUGUAUAAAUGGCUGCCAAUGUCCCUCCUUUACCAGGGCUUUACCAUUACCAGGGCUCUGUGCAGUAGUAAAACAAGACCCACACCCUGUUAAAAGAGACGUUGCUGAACCUUGACCUUUACUGUAGACUUCAUAAAAGAGACAUCAUAGUCCUUAAGGUAAAUUGUAUUUUGGUGUGGACCUAGAAGUCCGAGCGGGACUACCUGGACUUGUACAAUAAGAAAUGCUCAUUUUAGUUUUCCGUUGCAAAAAGCUUUUUUUGUUUUUUUUUAAACACGACAGUUUUUUUGCAGCUUGCAGCUUUGCCACAUUGGAUGAAGCCAAUCUCUUCUGUUCCUGUCCAGAUCAUUAUCAUUUCAGUGUGCUAUAACUGAUUGAGCUACAGUGUGCACGGCAGCUAGCAUAGAGGGUCUGCAGCUAGCAUAGAGGGCCUGCAGCUAGCAUAGAGGGCCUGCAGCUAGCAUAGAGGGCCUGCAGCUAGCAUAGAGGGCCUGCAGCUGGCAUAGAGGGCCUGCAGCUAGCAUAGAGGGCCUGCAGCUAGCAUAGAGGGCCUGCAGCUAGCAUAGAGGGCCUGCAGCUAGCAUAGAGGGCCUGCAGCUGGCAUAGAGGGCCUGCAGCUAGCAUAGAGGGCCUGCAGCUAGCAUAGAGGGCCUGCAGCUAGCAUAGAGGGCCUGCAGCUGGCAUAGUUGGCCUGCAGCUGGCAUAGUUGGCCUGCAGCUAGCAUAGAGGGCCUGCAGCUAGCAUAGAGGGCCUGCAGCUAGCAUAGAGGGCCUGCAGCUAGCAUAGAGGGCCUGCAGCUAGCAUAGAGGGCCUGCAGCUAGCAUAGAGGGCCUGCAGCUAGCAUAGUGGGCCAGCAGCUAGCAUAGUGGUUAGAGCGUUGGGCCUGUAACCGAAAGGUUGCUAGGUCAAAUCCCUGAGCCGAAAGGUGAACAACGCACUUAACUCUAAUUGCUCCAGGGUUGCUGUCAAUAAUGGCUGAUCCCUGGCUGUGACCCCCACUCUCUGUGUCUCAGGGGGACUUGGGAUAUGCAAAAACCACACGCAGUCAAACAGGACAGACAUGUAAGCACCUCCUAUUUGACCUUUGUUCAACCAAUGCUGCAUUCUAUUCUCAUACUUUCAGUCAAGUUUUGUUCAUGCAGAUACAAUAAAAAUAGCUGUUGGUGCUGUGUGCCUCUGGCAGUUAAUAAUAAUAUGCCAUUUAGCAGACGCUUUUAUCCAAAGCAACUUACAGUCAUGUGUGCAUAAAUGUUUAUGUAUGGGUGGUCCCGGGGAUCGAACCCACUACCCUGGCGUUACAAGCGCCAUGCUCUACCGAUUGAGCUACAGAGGACCACAGUUCGAGGGAAAGCUUUACAACUCUUUAGUAGAAAUCAGUGACAAUGUUUAAUGUCACGUGGCUUAUGAGUGAUGUAGUUUCCCAUUGGUACAGAUCUAGGAUCAACUUCCCCUCCCUCAAUCCUAUCCUUAACCAUUAUUGGGGAGAAUGCAAAACUGACCCGAGAUCAGCGUCUAGGAGGCACCUUCACUGUACUCUGUCUUCCAGGACUUCCUAAGGCAGCCCGGGUGGGACAUCUCAAAGCCGUCAUGUGCAUGGCCUUCCUUGGGCUAUGCGGAGCCCGUUCGGAUGACAACAUUUACAUCACUCUGCCCCUAUACCACAUGACCGCCUCUCUGCUGGGUAUUGGUGGAUGCAUACAGCUUGGUGAGGGAUGCAUUUCAAUACGUUAUUUCUCCUGAUACAGGAUGCGACAGCUUGGGGUUGUCGUGACAAUUCACACUAAACAGGACUGAAAAUAAUUGAAUUGAAUUGAGACCGGGAAACUGUACUGCACUUAAAUAGAGGUCCCUUAGCAGAGGUUGACUGUACCCGAAGCAGAGGUUGUGUCACUAAUUCAGUAGACUACAGUGCAUACGCAGAGUAACAAACUGCACCUAUUAUAGCUUCCAUAACAGACAUGGGUUCAGAUACUGAACUUGUUCAACUGUUUGCUUUAGCCUGCCUGAAUUGCCAGGUGGAUGGGGUUUGUACUUUUGAGACUUUUCUAUUGGUUCCAUUGCAGUCGACAAGUUCAAUCAGUCACAUAUAUAUAUUUUUAAAUAGUAUUUUAACCCAGGUCGGCUCCCCAUAUCUGUUGCCACAUACACAUUAGCGUACAGAGCAGUGGCUACCAAAUUACAGGCCUCUUCCUGCUGUUCCUUCCUACUGUUUGGCUGGGUUGCCUGCUAGCUCCUCCCAUGUCAUGACUUCAAAACAAUGUUUUCUGUUUUGUCAGGAGGGUCACAAGAGAGCGCAGUCCAAAAAAGUUCUGAGUUCUAGAACCAAAGGAAGUCAGGAACUACCCCGGUCAAGGUUUCCAAUGUGUUACUGGAUUCCUAUUUUUUUUCAACGGGAUUCGUUCGACUGGUUCCCAGCUAGCUAACUAGAUUCCCCACAGUGUCAUUUUAGCAUGGAGGGAAAAGAUGUGGCAGUGGGAGAAUCUGACUAAAGUCUCACAAUUCCUGGAAGUGCAACCAUACAUACCCAUGUGCUGUAGAUUCCGGGGUUAGGAUGUGGUAGCAGGAAACCAAAAGGAUCAUGGGUGUCCGUAUUGUUAGGAUUAGGCAUUUCAACAUAAUGUCAUAGUCUCAUUUCAACAAUACGAGAUGCAGUGUAGGAAUACUAUAUGUACCAUCCAACUGCCCACCCAAAACAAAGGUCCUAUCAAAGGUAAAGAUAUUUAAUAUGUUAAAUCACAUGAUUUAAGAUGUUAAAACACAUGAUUUAAGAUGUUAAAACACAUGAUUUAAGAUGUUAAAACACAUGAUUUAAGAUGUUAAAAUACAGUCAAUCAGUGUUAGUGGGGAGGUAAUGUCAUCUAAUGUACAAAACUUAAAGUUAAAUAAAUCAACUUUUAUUUUAUUUGUGUUGUCAUAGUGACUGUGAUGUUACUCUAACGGGUAUUUUCUUGGGGUUCUAGGGGCAACGUGCAUAUUGAAAAAUAAGUUUUCUGCCAGUCAAUUUUGGAAAGACUGCGUGAAAUAUAAUGUGACCGUAUUUCAAUACGUCGGCGAGCUCUGUCGCUACCUGGUCAACCAGCCUGUGGUAAGACCUUGUAUUCAUCACUCUGGUUCGUCUUGGGGGUUUUUUCGGGUCACUUUUCAGACGUUAUUCAGUUAAAUGAGUCUCUUGAGUAGGGCCCGAGUGACAAUGGAAUUGACUCUAGCCGUGAACACCACCAUCUGCUAGCCCAGUGCUCUUCAAUCCUGGUCAUGGAGACACCGCUGUGUUUAGUGCUGGGCUAGGACAAAAGCCUGCACACCCUGUGGGUCUUCAGGACAAUGAUUAAAGAACGCCUCAGAUAAAGAGACUACCACUAUAAUAUCACAGUGCACUACUAGUAUAUUGUAGGUCCUACAGGGUAAAACCUCAAGUUGCCUUUACAUUUAAGUAACUACACAGGAAUAACCCGUGUAAAAACAUUUUGUAGUUACAUAACAGCUUUGUAAUUACUCAGUAAUAGAUUGUAUGUUUGCGUAAUAAUAUGUUUUCUGUAGGUCCCUGAGGAAAGGGUCCACAAAGUGCGUGUUGCAGCAGGGAGUGGUCUGAGGGCAGAUGUCUGGAGGGAGUUUGCCAGACGCUUUGGGAAGAUCAAUGUCCGGGAGGCCUACGGUUUAACUGAGGCCAGCAUUGGCUUUGUCAACUACACCAAUGAAAUAGGACCUAUCGGAAGGGCGGGCUAUUUCAACAAGGUCAGGCAUGGUGCACUUUGCUUUGUAGUUAACUGUGUGAAGUUCACAAGGAUAGAAACUAUAAAACUUCCCAGGCCUGCUACACUAGACGCAGAACUUUUGCAGCGCGUGAGAUGCUCCUAUUCAUGUAGCCCUUUCCUGCAGUCAAUGACCGAAAGCACCCUCUUUGGCCUCAUGAGUGGAAUGUUAUUCAUAUUUUUCAAAAUGUCAUCAUAACAAAAUAUUAUUUUAAAAAAAUACGACAAAUCCGGUGUUUCUAUGUCAAACAGUUUUGUUAUAUUUCAGUCUUCUGUGAUUUAUAUAAAGUGUAAUAUUGGGAUGCAUACUCAAAAUUGAAUACAUUUCAACUCUAUAUCUGACAUGGUACAGGUGUCUUCUUUUUUUAAGCCCAUAACCAUGUGUGUGAGGUGUACACUUUUGUUUCAAAGUCGAUUUGUUUUAGACUACCAAUAAUCCCUCUGUGUGACCCUGAUUUAGCCCACUGCAGUAAAAGGUUAAAUUAAACCUGGGCGUAAGCAGCAGCUCUAUGAGAGCUGCAGGCUACUCUGUGUAAAAUUACUCUGGUUAUAUAUAUUUUUUCAUCUACGUGGCUGGCGCACUGCUCUCGCCGGAGAAAAGCUCUGCGGACAGUUUUGCAGCUAAAAACCUACCCCAGGGUCCUACUGUUUACCCCGGGGCCCUACACAGACCUUUUGGGGGACAGGUGCUCAAACUAAAAAAAAAGGGCACAAACUCAUUCAGCAAUUAUAAUUUAGAUUAUUUAGUUACAUAAAAGCAAUAGAUGGCCCCAUGUUAAUUAAAUUACACAUAUUACAGUGGGUUCAGAACAAUGACAAAAACUAUAUACUUCAGCGAAUGGAAGGGCAAAGGGGCAUGUGCUCUGCCCCGGGGGCCUGAUUUUCCACACGCCCCAGUGUAGCUCCCCCUGUCAUUGAGCCGUUGAGAAACUCAAUCGUUUUGCUAAAUGAUCAGGAACCAGAUGUACGCGUGUGCACAGCCUUCUUUGGUUGCUCCAAAUAAAAAGCACACAUACUGAAUCAGAUGUAUUCUGUUCUACUUGCAUGUUUUAUAGAAAUCAACUAAUGUGAUGUACAAGUGUGUGCUCUGUGUUGUGAUAGGUCUUCCUAGUGUGUUGUUGUGUUAAAGUAAGGUCUCAUGUGUGUGUUGUGUCAUGCUGCCGUUGUAGUUGUGUAUAGGUCUCUGUGUAGUUGUGGUAAGGAGCGGUUCUGGUGUUGUGUUUGUGUGUUAUAGGUCUCUUGGGAGUGUAUAGGUCUCUGUGUGUGUGUAUAGUCUCUCUUGUGUUAGUCCUUUGGUGUGUACGUGUAUAGGUUCUCUGUGUGUGUGGUGUGUGUGUAUAGGUCUCUGUGUGUGUGUAUAGGUCUCUGUGUGUGUGUGUGUGUAUAGGUCUCUGUGUGUGUGAUGGGUCUCUGUUGUGUGGAUAGGUCUCUGUGUGUUAGGUCUCUGUGUGUGUGUAUGGUUGUGUGUGUGUAUAGGUCUCUGUGUGUGUUGUUUAUAGGUCUCUGUGUGUGUGUGUGUUAUAGGUCUCUGGUGUGUGUGUAUAGUGGGGUAUAGGUCUCGUGUGUGUGUGUGUGUGUGUGUAUAGGUCUGUGGUGUGUGUGUGUGGUAUAGGUCUCUGUGUGUGUGUUGUGUGUGUGUGUUGUGUGUGUGUAUAGGUCUCUGUGUGUUAUAGUCUCGUGUGUGUUGAUGGUCUCUGUGUGUGUGUUGUAUAGGUCCUCUGUGGUGUGUAUAGGUCUCUGUGUGUGUGUAUAGGUCUCUGUGUGGUGUGUAUAGGUCUCUGUGUGUGUAUAGGUCUCUGUGUGUGUGUGUAUAGGUCUGUGUGUGUGUGUGUGUGUAUAGGUCUCUCUGUGUGUUGUAUAGGGUCUCUGUGUUGUGUGUGUUAUAGGUCUCUGUGUGUUGUAUAGGUCUUGUGUGUGUGUGUGUAUAGGUCUCUGUGUGUUGUGUGUGUGUGUAUAGGUCUCUGUGUGGUGUGUGUAUAGGUCUCUGUGUGUGUGUAGUUUGUGUUAUAGGUCUCUGGUGUGUGUUGUGUGUGUUUAUAGGUCUCUUUGUGUGUGUGUGUGUGUAUAGGUCUCUGUGUGUGUGUGUUAUAGGUCUCUGUGUGGUGUGUAUAGGUCUCUGUGUGUGUGUGUGUAUAGGUCUCUGUGUGUGUUGUGUUUAUGGUCUUCUGUGUGUGUGUGUGUAUAGGUCUCUGUGUGUGUGUGUGUGUGUAUAGGUCUCUCUGUGUGGUGGUGUGGUGUUAUAGGUCUCUUGUGUGUGUGUGUUUAUAGGUCUCUGUGUGUGUAUAGGUCUCUGUGUGUGUGUGUGUAUAGGUCUCUGUGUGUGUGUUUGUGGUGUAUAUGUCUCUGUGUGUGUGUGUAUAGGUCUCUGUGUGUGUGUGUGUGUGUAUAGGUCUCUGUGUGUGUGUGUAUAGGUCUCUGUGUGUGUGUUUAUAGGUCUCUCUGUGUGUGUGUGUGUGUGUAUAGGUCUCUGUGUGUGUGUGUGUGUGUAUAGGUCUCUGUGUGUGUGUGUAUAGGUCUCUGUGUGUGUGUUUAUAGGUCUCUCUGUGUGUGUGUGUGUGUGUAUAGGUCUCUGUGUGUGUGUGUGUGUGUGUGUGUAUAGGUCUCUGUGUGUGUGUGUAUAGGUCUCUGUGUGUGUGUAUAUAGGUCUCUGUGUGUGUGUGUAUAGGUCUCUGUGUGUGUGUGUAUAGGUCUCUCUCUGUGUGUGUGUGUGUGUGUAUAGGUCUCUGUGUGUGUGUGUAUAGGUCUCUGUGUGUGUGUGUGUAUAGGUCUCUGUGUGUGUGUGUAUAGGUCUCUGUGUGUGUGUAUAGGUCUGUGUGUGUGUGUAUAGGUCUCUGUGUGUGUGUGUAUAGGUCUGUGUGUGUGUGUGUGUGUAUAGGUCUGUGUGUGUGUGUGUGUGUGUAUAGGUCUCUGUGUGUGUGUGUGUGUGUAUAGGUCUCUGUGUGUAUGUGUGUGUAUAGGUCUCUCUGUGUGUGUGUGUGUGUAUAGGUCUCUGUGUGUGUGUGUGUGUAUAGGUCUCUCUGUGUGUGUGUGUGUAGGUCUCUGUGUGUAUCGGUCUCCUAUUCUAUUUAGCUGCACUUUAAUCAAAAAAUUAAGCCUUUCUUUUAUUUAACUGAAAUGGAUUCUUUCUAUCUCCAUCUUCUCCACUUUGUCUCGUUGUCCUGCAGCUUAAUAUGCCCUUUGAGUUCUUGAGUUGUGAUCCCCAAACAUAUGAGCCCAUACGGACCGCCGCAGGACGAUGUGUCAAAGCAAAUAAAGGUAAGCAAAGGUUUAUAAAAUAGGAUAAUUUCCGAUGAUGGCUGUCAUGCACUAUUUGACUUACAGCGUCAUAGAAUUGCAUUGAUGUUUGUGUGUGUGUGUGUCUGCAUAAAUGCAUGUCUGAUUGACUGGGGUUUGAACCAAGAUCUCCUGCACUCCGCUAUACUGUGUUAUCCCACUGAGCUAAAGGCUCGGGAUGAGUUCGGGGAGUCUUCAGAUCUUAGGCAGGCUUACUCAUUCACCAACCAAACCGCCUACAUAAAGUGCAUUCCAUUUCUAAACGGUAAAACAGAUAUGUAUGAAAAAUACCCUCAAAUAAAAGGUUACGUUCUGUACUGUCGCCUCAUAUAAAACCUGCCUGUUUGUGUCUGCAGGAGAGACUGGCAUCCUGGUGGCCCCGGUGUCGGCCAUGAAUCCUUUCCUGGGGUACGCUGGGAAUAAGAUUCAGUCAGAGAAGAAGCUCCUCAGGGACGUGUUCAAGGAGGGAGACGUGUACUUUAACACAGGAGACCUCAUGCUCCAGGACCACAGAGACUUUGUCUACUUCCGUGACCGUAUCGGAGAUACCUUCAGGUAAAGUGGAAGUAGCCUAUGCAGUAUUUCUCAACUGAUUUUAAAGGGAUAGUUCAGUGCUUAUCAGACCUGGAUUCAAAGUACUUGUUUUCUUUCAAAUAUUUUGAAUGUUGGAUUGACCUUUUGGUAAUAUUAUUAUGAUUUAUUGCAUUAAUUCCAUUGCGCCAGUAUUUGAAAGAAAACAAAACUGUUUGAUUGCUGGUGCAUACACUCCCCUUAUGUACACUGUGUGAACAAUUAUUAGGAAAGUCAAUAUUUUGACCAUAUCAUCAUUAUUAUGUAUAUUUCCCAACUCCAAGCUGUAUAAACUGGAACGCUUAUUGGAUUUAAGCAUAUCAGGUGAUGUGUAUUUGUGUAAUGAGGGAGGGUGUGGCCUAAGGAGAUCAACACCCUAUAUCAAGGUGUGCAUAAUUAUUAGGCAGCUUCUUUUCCUCAAGCAAAAUGUGCCAAGAAAGAGAUUUAACUGACUCUGAAAAGUCAGAAAUUGUAAAUAGUAUUUCAGAGGGAUGCAGCACUCUUGAAAUUGCUAGGAUAUUGGGGCGUGAUCACAGAACCAUCAAACGUUUUGUUGCAAAUAGUCAACAGGGUCACAAGAACCGUGUUGAGAAAAAAAAUAUGCUAAUUAACUGCCAAAGAUUUGAGAAGAAUCAAACGUGAAGCAACCAGGAACCCAUUAUCCUCCAGUGCUGUCAUAUUCCAGAACUGCAACCUACCUGGAGUGCCCAGAAGUACAAGGUGUUCAGUGCUCAGAGACAGGGCCAAGGUAAGGAAGGCUGAAACCCGACCACCACUGAACAAGACACAUAAGUUGAAACGUCAAGACUGGGCCAAGAAAUAUCUGAAGACAGAUUUUUCAAAGGUUUUAUGGACUGAUGAGAUGAGAGUGACUCUUAACGGACCAGAUGGAUGGGCCCGUGGCUGGAUCAGUAACAGGCACGGAGCUCCACUUUGACUCAGACGCCAGCAAGAUGGAGGUGGGGUACUGGUAUGGGCUGGUAUUAUUAAAGAUGAGCUAGUUGGACCUUUUCGGGUUGAAGAUGGACUCAAACUCAACUCCCAAACCUACUGCCAGUUUUUAGAAGACACUUUCUUCAGGCAGUGGUACAGGAAAAAGUCUGCGUCUUUCAAGAAGACCAUGAUUUUUAUGCAGGACAAUGCUCCAUCGCAUGCAUCUAAGUACUCCACUGCGUGGCUAGCCAGUAAAGGCCUUAAAGAUGAAAGAAUAAUGACAUGGCCCCCUUCCUCACCUGACCUAAACCCUAUUGAGAACUUGUGGUCCCUUCUUAAACGGUCAAUUUACGGUGAAGGAAAACAUUACACCUCUCUGACCAGUGUCUGGGAGGCUGUGUUUGCUGCUGCAUAAAAAGUUGAUCGUCAACAGAUCCAUGGAUGGAAGGCUUAUGACUGUUAUUGAAAAGAAGGGUGGCUAUAUUGGUCACUGAUUCUUUUUUGAAAUGUCAGAAAUGUUUAUUUGUAAAUUUUGAGUUGUUUAUUAUUCUCACUUUAACAGAUGAAAAUAAACAUGUGAGAUGGGGGAACUUUUCGUUUUUCAUUUAGUUGCAUAAUAAUUCUGCACACUAAUAGUUGCCCAAUAAUUGUGCACACAUAGAUAUUCUCCAAAGAAAGCCAAAACCUCGCAUUUACUUUCUUAAAUAUUCAGGUUUGAGGUUUAUUAACACUUUGGAUUGACUGAGAGCACUGCAGUUGUUCAAUAAUACAAUUAAUCCUCAAACAUACAACUUGCCUAAUAAUUGUGCGCACAGUGUAUUUAUUUGGUUAGUGAAGCUAAAACUUUUAAUUUGGCUCUAUACUCCAGCAUUUUGGAUUUGAGAUCAAAUGUUUUAUAUGAGGCGACAGUACAGAAUGUCACCUUUUUAUUUGAGGGUAUUUUCAUAUACAUCAGUUUGUUUUGGUUGUAUUUCAGAUUAUUUUGUGCCCAAUCGAAAUGAAUGGUAAGUAAUGUCAUGUGUAACUUUCUCACUCAUCAUUAUUCACGAUUCAUUCGUGAUUAUCCGUAAUCAUGGUAGCAUCCACAUUAAUGUAGAAGUGUUUAGAAAGAUAUUCUAUUCUUAUUUACAACAAAAGUGACUCCAAAAUGACACACUACAUUAUUUACCAUUCAUUUCUAUUGGACACAAUAUAAUCUGAAACACAACCAAAACAAACAGCAAAUGCAUCCAACAUAUUUGUGACUAGAUACAUCAAGUGCAUUCAUUUCUAAACGGUAAAACAGGUGACAGCACAGAAGGUGACAUUCUGUGCUGUCACCUCAUAUGAAACAUUUUAUCUAAAAUCCGAAAUGCUGGAGUAUAGAGCCAAUUUUAAAGUUGUAGCUUCACUGUCCAAAUAAAUACGUGGGGGGACUGUGUAUCUUCUCAAUACAUUUUGAGGUUGAGGUGUAAACAGUAUAUCUAGGCAACCAAUGGUGUGGGAUGUAGCCACAUCUCCAACAUAAGAUCAUGUACGAGUUUCCCAAAAAAAUUUUGGGGGACAAACAUUACUUUAAACAUUUUGUUUGCAAAUCAUUUACUGAACUCUGUCUUCCAGUAGUCAUACUGCAUAAUCAACAGGUAAUAUUGUAUCUCUUUGUAGGACCCCUUUGCAUUAGGAAUACAGAAGUUGUUGCAGAUUGCCAGGAGUUUUAAUGAGUAGUUAGGAUAUUUGCCUUGAAUGAUGAAGGAAUCUAGCCCGGGUAUCAGACUGUUCAACAAGGCUACAUUGUUGCUAUGGCAAGACAUUGACUCGUUCGCUAAAGCAGAAACAGACUGGCAACCAGGGGGCCUCCCUAGUGACGCAGCGGUCUAAGGCACUGCAUCGCAGUGCUUGAGGCGUCACUACAGGUCGCCAGUUGUACAGGGUUUCCUCCGACACAUUGGUGCGGCUGGCUUCCGGGUUAAGCGAGCAGUGUGGCUUGGCAGGGUCGUGUUUCGGAGGACGCAUGGCUCUCGACCUUCUCCUCUCCCUAGUCCAUACUGGAGUUGCAGCGAUGGGACAAGACUGUAACUACCAAAUUGGAUAUCACGAAAAAGGGGUAAAAAAAAUGCAAGUAACCCGGCUUAAAAGAGUCCGACUAUUACAGUAUCUGUCAUUUACCUUUUUACAUAUGUGACAUCCCCAUGAGUCAUUCCUCAUUUCGUUUUCCUUUCCCAUGCGGUCAGCACGGGCCAUCCCCCUCUGCUGUUUCUCUCCAUUUAAGCCUUCAAUUGCUCAGGCAUUCAUCACAAUGGCAGCACGGUGUCCCUGUUGUUCCUAGCAGCAGUCGUGAGCUCCUGAAGAGAACCAGGCACCCUUUCUCCCCUCCCUACUUUCCAGACUGGGUUCAAAUACUAUUUGAAAUCAUUUAAAAUACGAAAGCCAGGCUUAAUUGAGCUUGCCUGACCCAAUGGAACCAAUAGACUAACCGCAAAGUGCAAACUCCGAUCAUCUGGCUCUCAAGGCAGUCGAAGGCAAACGCUUCAAAGUAUUUUUAAAGAUUCCUAAUGGUUUUUGAACCCAGGUCUGUCCCUCUACUCCUACGCUUUAACUCUUUGCCAUUUUGGCGGACGCUCCGGCUUGACCCUAAUCCAAGUUGGCAGAACAGUGGCCAAGGGAAAGGCCCCUCUUCCCCCAUUCCACGUCCAACUACCCCUACCAUUCCACGGUCCAUUCACAAAAUCUAGCAGAGUGACGCAAGGCCCUUCUCCAAGAGCGGACGAGGGGGAAUGCCUUUCAACCAGACCUGGAUUCAAAUGCUAUUUGAAAUCUUUCAAAUACUUUGAGCAUUUGCUUUAGCCUGCCUGGAGGGCCAGGUGGGAGGGGUUUGCAGUUUGGGGGAAUUUUCUAUUGAUUCCAUUGCAGUCUGCAAGCUCAAUCAAGCACAUAUACAGUAUUUUAAAUUAUUUCAAAUAGUCUUUGAACCCCGGUCUGCUGUAAAGUUCAGAGUGCUACACUCCACUUAAAAUCAAGUGCCCCCACCUCCCUCAUCCCCCACCUCCCUCAUCCCCCAUUCCUGAUGCCACAUUUCCCGGAGGGGGUCCGACCCAGGGGCUUCAUGGGAAGUGGUUACCAUGGUUAGAGGGACAAGAGGCUUGUUAGGGGGCAGGUCAAAAGCUUCUGCCGGGUGAAGUGUUUCGGGGAGCGUCCCCGUGUCACAAUGCCAUCGCUUGUCUCCCCGUCCCUCAGCGCAUUGGCAGGGUUUGGAGUACUGCCCGAGUACCCAAGUAUGACGCAGGACUGGGCAAUGGUCCACAUAACUGCUUUGUUGCGCUACCUUGAAGACUGCAAGUCUUUUGGGAUUGUGGUGUACUGCAUGUGUGUACGUUUGUGCCUGCUGUCUCCCCCCCCCCCCAAGCAAUUGCAUAGUAUUUGUCUGUCAAAAUAAUGCAGAGAAUUGGGACGUUAAGUUUCUUAACCUCUAAAAUAAUAAUUUACAAUCAGAAUAUUUUAAAGUGAAUAGCGUGGUAAUAUGAAUAGCUGGAAUCUUUAAAUGUAUUUAAGAAGGCAUACAGUAUUACGGACUUUACUCAGUUAAAUUGUAUUAAAGGGAUAGUCCACCAAAAUGUUUCCAUACCUUGAAGGUAAUCAUUUAACUUAGUGACAAUAUUUCCAAUAUAUUUGAGAUUGAGGCCUGAUAGAUGUCAUGGAAUAUGGACUUAAUGAAGGUAUGAAGAACUUUAGAUGAUUAUUAUUUAAACUUUUUUACUUUUUUACCCCCAAUUGGUAGUUACAGUCUUGUCCCAUUGCUGCAGCUCCUGUACAGACUCGGGAGAGGCGAAGGUCGAGAGCCACGCGUCCUCCGAAACACGGCCCUGCCAAGCCGCACUGCUUCUUGACACACUGCUCGCUUAACCUGGAAGCCAGCCGCACCAAUGUGUCGGAGGAAACACUGUACAACUGGCGACCGUGUCAGCUUGCAGGCGACCGGCCCGCCACAAGAGUCGCUAGAGCGCGAUGGGACAAGGACAUCCCGGCCCGGCCAAACCCUCCCCUAACCCGGACGACGCUGGGCCAAUUGUGCGCCACCUCAUGGGUCUCCCGGUCGCGGCUGGCUGCGACACAGCCCGGGAUCGAACCCGGAUCUGUAGUGACGCCUCAAGCACUGCCUUAGAUUCAGUGCCUUAGACCGCUGUGCCACUCGGGAGGCCAUUUUUGAUUCUUCUAAAAUCAGGUGAAUUCUCUGUUAGUUCAUCAUAACUGGAGAUUUGCGUUUAAAUGGGAGGUACAGCUCACCCUGUGGAAGAUCAUUUAAAUGGGAGGUACAGCUCACCCUGUGGAAGAUCAUGCUUUGGCAUACAGUAUGGUACAGUGGAAGGUGAAUUAUGGGUAACACCUUUUGAUUCACCUUUUUAUAACGCAUUAUGAAUGCACUUUUAGUAAAACACUUUUAGUGCAUUGUAAGACCUUGCUAUAAACAUUCAUAACAGCUCACAGCUCAUUUUAGCAGCCUUUAUAAAUGGCUAAAGGCUACAGGUCCAUGCGUAAUGCAUUAAACACAGGUGGUGAUAUGAAUAAAACAUGCUAUAAGCAUUCAUUUCUAGCUCAUGGUUCUUUUAUAAGAGAUUCAUACAUUUCUGUCAUGUGUUUAUAAUGCAUGGCAAAAAUGUGGCUCUAAGAACGUGUUACUGAAUUAUUUUGAUAUUUUUUGAUAAUGCAAAAUCUGCAUGGAUGUCUAAUGGUCUUACUCUUAGCUAGCUGAAAUCACUUACAUGCUUUCAGGGUGAGGUUUGCUUUCACCUCAACUCCUGUCUCUGACUGAGCACUCGUGUGUCUCUGACUGAGCACUCGUGUGUCUCUGACUGAGCACUCGUGUGUCUCUGACUGAGCAUUCGUGUGUCUCUGACUGAGCACUCGUGUGUCUCUCUGACUGAGCACUCGUGUCUCUCUGACUGAGCACUCGUGUGUCUCUGACUGAGCAUUCGUGUGUCUCUGACUGAGCACUCGUGUGUCUCUCUGACUGAGCACUCGUGUCUCUCUGACUGAGCACUCGUGUGUCUCUGACUGAGCACUCGUGUGUCUCUGACUGAGCACUCGUGUGUCUCUCUGACUGAGCACUCGUGUGUCUCUCUGACUGAGCACUCGUGUCUCUCUGACUGAGCACUCGUGUCUCUCUGACUGAGCACUCGUGUGUCUCUGACUGAGCACUCGUGUCUCUCUGACUGAGCACUCGUGUGUCUCUGACUGAGCACUCGUGUGUCUCUGACUGAGCACUCGUGUGUCUCUGACUGAGCACUCGUGUGUCUCUGACUGAGCACUCGUGUCUCUCUGACUGAGCACUCGUGUGUCUCUGACUGAGCACUCGUGUGUCUUUCAGUUGAGGCUGCUUGCAGUUGAACCCAGUAUCUACUUACACGUUUCUGCCAUCUAGUGUUUAACAUAGGACAGGCUGAAAGGACUAUGACUUGUAAAUAUGUUAUUUGAUUAAAUGUAUUGUUGCACAAAUCUAGGUAAAUAAUUCAAUCUAUUCAUUAGAUUAAUAUAUAAAAUGUCCUUAUUGUUACCUCCCCAAAAGGUUAGAUGAAUAAAUGUCGACCCCUAUCUAAUAAAUAAUUAUGCUAGCACUCUCACUCACUCAUUCCCAUCAUGCUGUCUGUUGCAUAGCUAGCAUUCAAGACACCAACAAAAAUGUGCUGAAUAUUUCUGUAUAUCGUAAAUUAAACAACAGAUUUCUUCCUCCUAGGUGGAAAGGAGAGAAUGUGGCCACCACAGAAGUUUCAGAGAUUCUCGGAAGUCUGGAGUUCCUGCAGGAAGUGAACGUCUAUGGUGUCACUGUGCCAGGUCAUCAACGUCCUUUCUGACAUCAUUAAUACGUAUAUGGUGUCACUGUGCCAAAUCAUCAUAGUAUUUGCUGACAUCUUUAAUACAAAUAAAUGGAUUAUGGUAAUUCAUUAUUUUAUGGGGCAGAGCAAUAUUGGAUAAGAGCGUCUGCUAAAUGACGUAAAUGUAAAAAAAAUGUAAAUGUUGAAAAUAUUUGCCUAUAUAACUUCAGUUUAGUAGAAUCAUUAUUAUAGAACCAUUUUAGCACCUUUUUUUGGCAAAUGAAUAUGCAGGCCAAAAUGUCUUACUACAAAAUAUUAUACGGCAGCAGCUAGCCUAGCGGCUAAUAGCAUUGGGCCAGUAACCGAAAGGUUGCUAGUUUGAAUCCCAGAGCUGACUAGGUAAAACAAUCUGUCAACGUGCCCUUAAGCAAAGCACUUAACCCUGGUUCCUCCUGGAAGUUGCUAAAUUAUGUAAAUGUUUAUCUGACUCUCGGGUUCAUAAUUUUUUUUUAAACCUUUAUUUAACUAGGCAUGUCAGUUAAGAACAAAUUCUUAUUUACAAUGACGGCCUACACCUGCCAAACCCGGACGACGCUGGGCCAAUUGUGCGCCGCCCUAUGGGACUCCCAAUCACGGCCGGUUGUGAUACAGCCUGGAAUCGAACCAGGGGGUCUGUAGUGACUCCUCAAGCACUGAGAUGCAGUGCCUUAGACCGCUGCGCCACUCGGGAGCCCGUACAUGCUUAGUACCCCCGUCUUUCAAUGCAAUGCAAACCGCAUGAUAUGCGUUAUACUUGCAUAUAACGUUACCUAAUUAGUUUUGUAAAAUUGCCUCGGCCCACACUGUGUCAACUGUACUGAUUGGUGAAGAUAGGAUCACAUUACAUUUUGGUGAAAUACAUUAAAACAACAUGUAUGUGACAUUAGAAGUAGCCUUGCACGACCUCAUAGGAGGAAGCUUGAUGUACAGGUACACCCCCAGGACUCCAGUCUAUCACAGGGCCUUACCCACAAUCCAUCUCCUUAAUGCUGAGUGCCAAGCAGAGACACAGGUCCCAUUUUUACAGUCUUUGGUAUGACUCAGUCAGGGCUCAAGCUCCCAAUCUCAGGGCAGACACCCUAACCACAAGUCCACUGAGUUGGCAUGUAACAUCAUCCUUACUGUUUCUAUACAGGUUAUGAAGGCAGAGCGGGUAUGGCAGCCGUCGUCUUAAAGAUAGACAAACAUCUGGAUGGUAAAAAACUCUACAACCAUUUGGUCCAAAGUCUCCCCACCUACUCAUGGCCCUGGUUUCUACGGAUCCAGGUGAGACAAUCCUGAAACCACACGUGUCCGUUCAGGGUAAAAUUCACCCACGCAAAACUGAAACUUAUUUUUAAAAGUAAUGAGCGAUUUAUACAUAAUGUAAAUAUACGGCGGUACUGGAGUGUAGUGCUGUAUAUUAAUAAAUCGAUGAAAUAGUUUGUUCUUGUCUUUGCAGAAACCUUAUUAAAACUAUGCUAUGCAUUCAAUACAAUAACCUUUUAAAGGGAUAGUUUAAAACAUUCACAAUAAAAAGAAAGAUCCAUUCAACUCCCUUUGUAUAUCACGUAGAGCAUUUACAAUUUAACCCCCCUGACCCUUUUCAACAUAAACUCUGUCCUUUGUCUUCCCGAAGACAUCCAUAGAUGUGACCGAGACCUUCAAGCAGCAGAAGAAGAAGUUGGUGCAGGAGGGCUUCAGCCCUGAGGCCGUCCAGGAGUCCCUGUAUUUCUUGGACCUAUCCCAGAGAGACUACGUCCCACUUACUCAGUCUCUGCAUGAUGACAUUGUCUCCGGAAAGAUACGCCUCUAG